CCCAUUUCGAUAUAAACCACAUCACAGCUGCAGCAGGCUGGGAGGAGAGCGAUAUCAGGAAAAAUGGGGAAGAUUGUGUUCUUUGAAGACGUGAAUUUCCAGGGCCGCAGCUAUGAGUGCAGCGGCGACUGCCUCGACCUGCGCUCUUACUUCAGCCGCUGCAACUCCCUCAAGGUGGACAGUGGGAGCUGGGUUCUGUACGAGCACCCAAACUACACCGGCUACCAGUACGUGCUGAGCCCCGGAGAGUACUCCGACCACCACAAGUGGAUGGGAUUCAACGACAGCAUCAAGUCCUGUCGCUUCAUCAAGAAUGUGUAUGGAAAGUCCUGGAAGAUCCGCUUCUACGACAAGCAAGAUUUCGGGGGUCAAGCUGCAGAGUAUGGGGAGGAUUGCCCUUCUGUCUAUGAGGCCCUGAAGUUUCGAGAGUUCUACUCCUGCCAGGUGAUGGAUGGUGCUUGGGUUCUGUACGCGCAGCCCAACUACCGCGGAUACCAGUACUUCCUGGAACGUGGCGAGUACCACAAGUAUACAGACUGGGGCGCUGCCUCCCCGGCCGUGGGAUCCUUCCGCAUGAUCAAAAAUUUCUAGACUGGCACAACUGUAGACUGCUUACAAAUUUAAAACGUAGAUUUCAUUGGCUGGCAUUUGCUACUUUUGCUUAGUCAUUUAUGGGACGGAGCUCAAAGCGAGGGAGAAUUUCUGCAUGGCUGCUGCAAUGUGGGUGCAAUAUCGAACCGGGGGAUGAUUUAGAAUAUUAGAAAAAAAUUUAGUAUGGAGAAGAAAAUUGUUCCGUAGCCACAGUUGUGGAUUGGGGAAAAAUGACUUUUAAUCUCAGAAAUUGCUAAAAUGUUUGAGCUCUUCAAAGUUUGACUUUUAUUCGCAGCACAUGGCGCAAUUUGCAAAACCAUUAAAAGAAGUUUCCUGC